AUGGGCGGUGGUCCCAUGCACGCUCAAGCCCCGCGCUCAUGGACGCUUGACGACUUCGAGAUCGGCAAGCCUCUUGGGAAGGGCCAGUUCGGCUCCGUCUAUCUCGCCCGCGAGAAGAAGACAAAGUACAUCGUCGGCUUGAAAGUCCUCUUCAAGUCUCAGCUUGUCAAAAACAGGGUCGAGCACCAGCUCCGUCGGGAGAUCGAAAUCCAAUCCCAUCUUAGGCACCCCAACAUCUUGCGCUUGUUCGGCUACUUUUACGACGACACCCGCAUCUUUCUCAUCCUCGAGUACGCCGCGAGAGGCGAGCUCUACAAGCAACUCUGCGGCCACCAAUUUGACGAGCCCCGCGCUGCCACCUACGUCGCCUCCCUCGCUCACUCCCUUAACUAUUGCCACUCAAAGCACGUCAUCCACAGAGACCUCAAGCCCGAGAACAUUCUCAUCGGCCUCAACGGCGACCUCAAGAUCGCCGAUUUCGGCUGGUCCGUCCACGCCCCGCGCAACCGUCGCACCACUCUAUGCGGUACCCUUGACUACCUCCCCCCAGAGAUGGUCGAAGGCAAGUCUCAUGACCACACCGUCGACGUGUGGGCCCUCGGAAUUUUGGCCUAUGAGUUCCUCAUCGGCACGCCGCCCUUCGAGACAGAUUCGCGCCAAGCUACUUUCCGCAAAAUUUCCUCCGUUGACCUCUGUAUACCUAGUACCAUUAGUAGAAACGCAGCCGACCUCAUUGGCCGCCUCCUGGUUAAAGACCCCGCGGAGCGCCUCGCGCUGAAAGAUGUCCUCAGACAUCCUUGGAUUCUGGAGCACGCAUCGGACACCCUGGCCAGUUUGGAACGACGAAAGUCAUAG